UUCACAUGUAGGGUUAUGCCAGAAGCAUCUAGGGUUUCUGAUGUGUUGGACACUAUUUUGGACCAUAUCUUGGCAAGUUUGCACGACAUUCAGAAGAGUUUGCAUUUUUGGCAGUCCAGAGCAGAGGGAUCAGGUGCACAAAAAGUUUACUUUAUGGUUUUUGAAAUAGGGCCAUGGGCCUUUAUCAAUGGAACCAUUCAGUUGAUACGUGGAUGUGUGUCUGGGGGAUCUCCGGUGCAACAUCUGUCUUCUGCAGUUGCUCAAAUUUCUGAGAGGAUAGCGGUCUUAACUAGUCUGCAACAUUGCCUUGCUAAAUUUCUGGCACAGGUUUACAUGGAGGUUGACAAAUAUGGAGACAAUCUGAUUAAGGAUCCAGAAAAAUCACUGCCUUCUUUGUUGAUAACCAUUAACUGCUUAUUCUCAAAACUGGAGGCAUCUAUGCGGGAUUCACAUGAAAUGUUUCAGGGUGUCUCUGGUUCUAUUGAUUGGAACAACUCAUUUCAUAUACUGUUUGACGAACUACCGGAGGCUAACCUAGGAGGUUCUCAAUGGACAGAUUGUCAAACAUUAAAUGCUGUCAACUUGAUUUAUGAGAAUCUCCACAAACUUGAUUGUUUCCUAUCGCUCCUUUUUCCAAGGUACCAAAAACCAAGGAGAAUGACUAGAUACUGGUUUCGUUAUACAUGUGGAGCAGUUGGCCUCACGGUUUGUUCAGUGUGGCUCCUACGUCAUAGUAGUUUGAUGGGAAGCUCUGAUAUUGACAACUGGAUUUGUGAAGCAAGGGAUUCGACAAUUGGUUUUUGGAAUGAUCAUGUAGAGCAGCCGCUUCUGUCUAUAAGAGAUGAACUUUUUGAGACAUUCCGGAGGAGACACAGAGGUGUAAUGGAGAUCGAAGAAGUGCAACUGACUGCAAAUUCUCUUCACAGAAUGUUAUUGACUUUCAGUGAACAAAUCAAAGGUAAAAAAUUUCCCGAGGAUGUGUCUGAUCAAGAAAUGAUGGAAAUUGUAAUGGCCAGGUAUGAGAAGGAGCUUAUGCACCCAAUUCAGAGUCUUGUGGGUGGAGAGCUUGCUCGUGCUUUGCUUAUUCAGAUUCAGAAGCUUAAACUAGAUAUUGAAACGGCAAUGCUUGAACUGAAUCAGAUUCUUAAGGCUAAUGAAAUCAAUUUUGCAAUUCUUGCCGCUUUACCAGCCUUCUUUCUCUCACUUAUGUUGCUCAUGUUAUUGCGUGCGUGGUUUGCAAAG